UUUCUUCAGAAAGAAAAUAUCACACAUGAAGAGCCUCAUUACUCUCAUCUUCUUUGCCUCUCUAAUCCAAUUUUCAGUCUUGAAUUUGUCCACUGCAGCUGAUACCAUAUCUGCAUUAGAGUCCAUCAUGGGCUCAGACACCUUGGUUUCUUCCGGCCAAAGCUUCCAAUUAGGACUCUUUUCUGCGGGCAAUUCGAAAACCUGGUAUCUAGGAUUAUGGUACAAAAACUUUCCAAAUACUGUUGUAUGGGUUGCAAACAGAGAGAACCCACUUGCAGGAUCAAAUGGAGCCUUGACAUUAACCAAAAAUGGAAGUCUGGUCCUUCUAGACCAAAUGAACAACACCAUUUGGUCUACCAUCUCUUCCCAAAUAGUAGAAAAUCCUGUUGCACAGCUUUUGGAGACUGGAAACCUUGUUGUCAGAGACAAGGCUGAAACAGGUUCAGAAAACUAUAUAUGGCAAAGCUUCAAUUUCCCAUCAGAUACUCUAUUACCAGACAUGAAGGUUGGAUGGGACUUCAGAACAGGCCUCAACAGAUUCUUGACUUCUUGGAAAAAUGCUAGUGACCCAUCUCUUGGAGAAUAUACCUAUGGGAUUGAUAAUCUGAUGUUGCCUCAGCUUGUUGUUGCCGAAGGAUCAAAGAAAUUGUUCCGUACCGGGCCUUGGAAUGGUAUUCGAUUUACUGGUACUCCUGAUGCUGGGAACGAACGAGUUGUGAAACCAAUCUAUGUGUAUGAUACAAAUGAGUUAUAUUAUAUGUAUGAGGCUACUGAUAGUUCUAUUCUAACAAGAGUGAAGCUGUCUGAAACUGGUUUGUCCCAGCGGCUGGUGCUGAAGAAAGGAACCACUGAAUGGGAUGUUAUGUAUACUUUGCAGAAUGACAGGUGUGACAAUUACGGGGAGUGUGGAGCAAAUGGAAUUUGCAAAACUUCCAAUUCUCCAAGUUGUGAGUGCCUGCAGGGGUUUGUUCCGAAAUCGCAAAACGAAUGGGAUGUGCUUAACUGGGAAAGUGGGUGCAUUAGGCAGACACCACUGGAUUGCCAGAAGGGAGCAGGGUUUUUGAAAGUUCGAAAUGUGAAAUUGCCAGACCUGCUGGAGUUUUGGGUGAACAUGAAAAUGAGUGUGGAGGAAUGCGAGGCAGAGUGCUUGAGGAAUUGUUCUUGUGUAGCUUUUUCUAAUACAGAUAUCCGUAAUGGAGGAAGUGGCUGUCUGAUGUGGUUUGGCGACCUAAUUGAUAUGCGAGAGUUCGUUGAAGAAGAUAGUGAGCAAGAUAUACACAUUAGGUUGCCACUUUCGGAACUUGGUGGCACCGGCAAGAAGGAUAAAAGGAUUAUACUUAUCUUGGUCAUAUCAGCAGUUUCUGUGCUUCCACUUCUAGCUUUGUUAUGCUGGUGUAUACUUCUGAAGAAGAGAGGAAGGAAUGUAUCCACAUCCGCAGGCUCAAGAUCAAUUAAGGAGGACUGGGAGUUGCCACUGUUUGAUUUUGAUACAAUUGCAACCGCCACCAAUAACUUCUCCCACACAAACAAACUAGGAGAGGGAGGUUUCGGUCAAGUUUACAAGGCCAACCUAACCCGAGAAGAAUUCAUAGCUGUAAAGAGACUCUCAAAAGAGUCUGGGCAAGGUAUUGAAGAGUUUAAGAAUGAAGUUACAAUGAUAGCCAACCUCCAACACUGGAAUCUUGUUAAACUUUUGGGCUGCUGCAUUCAAGGAGAAGAAAGGAUGCUUAUCUAUGAGUACAUGCCCAACAAAAGCUUGGACUGCUUUAUUUUCGAUCAAAAUAGAAAGGUAUUGCUGAAUUGGCAAAACCGAUUGAACAUUAUCAUGGGAAUUGCUCGAGGACUUCUCUACCUCCACCAAGACUCCAGAUUAAGAAUCAUUCAUAGAGACCUUAAGAGUAGCAACAUCUUACUAGAUGAUGAGCUGAACCCCAAAAUAUCUGACUUCGGCAUAGCAAGGAUUUUUGGACGCAAUCAAACCGAAGCAAAAACGAAACGAGUAAUUGGGACAUAUGGAUAUAUGUCCCCUGAGUAUGCAAUUGAUGGAAAGUUUUCGGUGAAAUCCGAUGUGUUCAGUUAUGGGGUGCUUCUGUUAGAGAUAGUAAGUGGCAGAAAGAACAGAGGGUUUCAUCAUCCAGAUCACCAUCACACUCUUCUGGGACAUGCAUGGUUACUGUGGAAUGAAAAUAAGGGUUUGGAGCUAAUAGAUCCUUGCUUGGGGUACUCAUAUGUUGAGUUUGAGGUGCUGAGGUGCAUUCAGGUAGGUCUAUUGUGUGUUCAAGCGCUUCCAAAAGACAGACCAGUAAUGUCAUCAGUGGUUGUCAUGUUAAGCAAUGAAGGAGUAACAUUACCUCAACCAAAGGAGCCAGGAUUCUUUACAGAACGAAGUUCCAUGGACGAUACCAUAAUUGACGAAGGUAGAAGUAGCCAGACAGGAAGCAGUAUUACCAUUUCGACACAUUAUAAUAAUUGUAACAUUGAGAAAGGCUGGCUUCAAAGUCCGAAGUUUCAGUCACCUUCCCAUUUCUGGAAAGGAACACAAAUGAAGGUCCUUGCAUUAAUCCUCUCUACCUAUCUACUCCAUUUUUUAGUCUUACAAUUGUCCGGAGCAGCUGAUACAAUCUCUGCUGCACAAUCCAUCACCAGCACUAAUACCUUGGUUUCUUCCGGCCAAAGCUUCGAAUUAGGACUCUUCUCCCCGGGCAAUUCAGAGGCCUGGUAUUUAGGAAUAUGGUACAAGAAUUUUCCAACUAUUGUUGUAUGGGUUGCCAACAGAGAAAAUCCAGUUGCAGAUUCACAUGGAUCCUUGAAAUUAUCCAAAAAUGGAAGUCUUGUCCUUUUAGAUCAAAUGAACAAUACUAUUUGGUCUUCCACUUCUUCCCAAGUAGCAGAAGACCCUGUUGCACAACUUUUGGAGAAUGGAAACCUGGUUGUCAGAGAAAAGGAUACAACAGAUUCAGAAAGCUACAUAUGGGAAAGUUUCAAUUUGCCAUCAGACACUCUGCUACCAGAAAUGAAGGUUGGAUGGGACUUCAGAACAGGCGUCAACAGAUUCUUGACUUCUUGGAAAAAUGCUAGUGACCCAUCUCUUGGAGAAUAUACCUAUGGGAUUGAUAAUCUGAUGUUGCCUCAGCUUGUUGUUGCCAAAGGAUCAAAGAAAUUGUUCCGUACCGGGCCUUGGAAUGGUGUUCAAUUUUCUGGUACUCCUGAUUCUGGGAACAAACGAAUUGUGAAACCAAUCUAUGUGUAUGAUACCAAUGGGUUCUAUUAUAUGUAUGAGGCUACUGAGAGUUCUAUUCUAACAAGAGUGAAGCUGUCUGAAACUGGUUUGGCCCAGCGGCUAGUGCUGAAUGAAGGAAGCACUGAAUGGGCUGUUAUGUAUACUUUGCUGAAUGACAGGUGUGACAAUUACAGGGAGUGUGGAGCAAAUGGAAUUUGCAGAACUUCCAAGUCUCCAAGUUGUGAGUGCCUGCAGGGGUUUGUACCAAAAUCGCAAAACGAAUGGGAUGUGCUUAACUGGGAAAGUGGGUGCAUUAGGCAGACACCACUGGAUUGCCAGAAGGGAGAAGGGUUUUUGAAAGUUCGAAACGUGAAAUUGCCAGACCUGUUGGAGUUUUGGGCAAACACAAAAAUGAGUGUGCAGGAAUGUGAGGCAGAGUGCUUGAGGAAUUGUUCUUGUGUAGCUUAUGCUAGUUCAGAUAUCCGUAACGGAGGAAGUGGCUGUCUGAUGUGGUUUGGCGACCUAAUUGAUAUGCGAGAGUUCCUUGAAGCAGAUGUUGAGCAAGAUAUACACAUUAGGAUGCCAUUUUCGGAACUAGAAUCUUUAGGUGGUACCGGCAAGAAGGACAAAAGGGUUAUACUUAUCUCGGUCAUAUCAGCAGUUUCUGUGCUUCCACUUCUGGCUUUGUUAUGCUGGUGUAUACUUCUGAAGAAGAGAGGAAGGAAUGUAUCCACAUCUACAGGCUCAAGAUCAAUUAAGGAGGACUGGGAGUUGCCACUGUUUGAUUUUAAGACAAUUGCAACCGCCACCAAUAAUUUCUCUCACACAAACAAACUAGGAGAGGGAGGUUUCGGUCCAGUUUACAAGGCCAACCUAACCCGAGAAGAAUUCAUAGCUGUAAAGAGACUCUCAAAAGAUUCUGGGCAAGGUAUUGAAGAGUUUAAGAAUGAAGUUACAAUGAUAGCCAACCUCCAACACUGGAAUCUUGUUAAACUUUUGGGCUGCUGCAUUGAAAGAGAAGAAAGGAUGCUUAUCUAUGAGUACAUGCCCAACAAAAGCUUGGACUGCUUUAUUUUCGAUCAAAAUAGAAAGGUUUUUCUGAAUUGGCAAAAGCGAUUGAACAUUAUCAUGGGAAUUGCUCGAGGACUUCUCUACCUCCACCAAGACUCCAGAUUAAAAAUCAUUCAUAGAGACCUUAAGAGUAGCAACAUCUUACUUGAUGAUGAGCUGAACCCCAAAAUAUCUGACUUUGGCAUAGCAAGGAUUUUUGGACGCAAUCAAACCGAAGCAAAAACAAAACGAGUAAUUGGGACAUAUGGAUAUAUGUCUCCUGAGUAUGCAAUUGAUGGAAAGUUUUCAGAGAAAUCCGAUGUGUUCAGUUUUGGAGUGCUUUUGUUAGAGAUAGUAAGUGGCAGAAAGAACAGAGGGUUUCAUCAUCCAGAUCACCAUCACACUCUUCUGGGACAUGCAUGGUUACUGUGGAAUGAAAAUAAGGGUUUGGAGCUAAUAGAUCCUUGCUUGGGGUACUCAUAUGUUGAGUUUGAGGUGCUGAGGUGCAUUCAGGUAGGUCUAUUGUGUGUUCAAGCGCUUCCAAAAGACAGACCAGUAAUGUCAUCAGUGGUUGUCAUGUUAAGCAAUGAAGGAGUAACAUUACCUCAACCAAAGGAGCCAGGAUUCUUUACAGGAAGAAGUUCCCUGGACGAUACCAUCAUCGACAAAGGUAGAGGUAGCCAGACAGGAAGCAGUAUUACCAUUUCGACAGUGGAAGCUAGAUAACUGACACAUGGGAACUUGGACUCGUAAUUCGGAUUUAACGCAUUUUGACAUGGAUGCAGAUGAAUUAGCUUGCAAACAGAAAGAAGGGCUGUUGAAGGAAAAUGUGAUAAAUUUUCCGUUCAACAAGGGCAUAACCUCAAUGGGAGGUUGAUUCAGAAAAGUAAAAUGUAAAUCUAGACUAACUACUGUUUUACAGAGUAAUGCACGGGCAUCAUAAACAUGUAGUAUUGCAUUGUAAGAGACCGGCCGCCACGAGAUUGAAUAUGGGAGUGGCUAUAGAAUUGUAUUCAAUUGGUCAAAAUAACUAAAAUACUGUAUGUGAAUUAUAUGUUCCUGCUGAAUAUUUUAUGCAACUAUGGUUCCUUUCCUUCCGAGAAGAA